AAAUAAGCAUGGCGGAUGAAAUUUGUUUGGGUUGCUGUACAUUUCAUUCGUUGUUAUUCUUUGCUCAGCAGGUUUAUGUAAGAAUCUGCAGACGGCAGCAAUUUGAUUGUGAGAUACUUAGUCAAAAAUGUUUCAUUCCCACAGGAUCACAAGACAUUGCACAGAUAUUCAGAGUUAGACAGAACUAUCGAAACAGUGGAGCUGCAUCAUUUGGAUUCUUGUAAACAGUUUCUUACAUAGUCCACACACCAUCAUGUGUGAUGAACGAGUUUCAAGCUUACAAGAUACUCUGCAGUCUCUUGGAUCAAAAGUGCCGAAAAUUAUAUUGCAGACACUUGAAAAAAUAUAUCCUCAAGUGGGAAACGUGCAGAACAUUGACACAGUUAAAGCAGAAAAUGAUGUGGAUGCUGAGGAAGACUUCAUUGGCAUAAAAAUGGAUGAGAUUUACGCACCGUCAGCAUUUUCUGUAAACAUGACUGAACCUGAGAACUGCUUGGAUGUACUUAAAGCUGAACCUAGUUCAUAUAGUGAGACAUGUGUAACAUCUUCUUGUGAUGGAAAUCAUGUUGGGAACAAUGAGGAGGUCAGAAAUGUGCAGGAAGAUGAUCCUCUGCUAAUGCCUCCAGUAAUAAAGGUGGAACAUGAGAACUGUAUGGAUUUACUGAAAGUUGAACCUGGUUCAUAUAAUGAGACAUGCCUAACAUCUUCUCAUGAUGGAAGUGAGGUCCUCAGUGUGAAUGUUGAGGAGGCCACAAAUGUACAAGAGGAAGAUGAUCCUCUACAAAUAUCACUUCCAGUAAUAAAGGCUGAAUAUGAGGGUGCACUGAAUGAACAAGAACUCAUACAUGAUGAGCAGCGUCCACAUUCCUGUGACAUAUGUCAUUUGUCAUUUACUGUACAAUCUAAGCUGGCACGUCAUCAAUGCAUACACAGUGUGGAACAUCCAUUCUGCUGUGAUGUGUGUUAUAAGUCAUUUCAUUCUCAGAGUAAUCUGAAGAGACAUCAAAUCGUACACAGUGGGGAGCAAGCAUACUUCUGUAGUGUAUGUAAUAAAUCAUUCAGCACCCAGCGUUAUGUGAAGAGACAUCAACAAAUACAUAGUGGGGAGCGUCCUUAUAACUGUGAUGUGUGUAGUAAGUCUUUCCGUAAUAAGAGUCAUCUAAAGAAACAUAAUGGCACACACAGUGGGGAGCGUCCAUAUUCUUGUGACAUUUGUAAUAUGGCAUUCAGUAAUAAGGGUGAUAUGAAGAGACAUCACAGAAUACAUAGUGGGGAGCGUCCUUAUUUGUGUGAUGUUUGUAGUAAGUCAUUCAGGAAUAAAAGCGAUUUGAGCCAACAUCAACGCAUACAUACAGGGGAGCGUCCAUAUCACUGCGAUAUAUGUAACAAAUCGUUUAGUAAUAAAAGUGGUCUGAAGAGACACCAACGCGUACACAGUGGGGAGCGUCCAUAUACGUGUGGUAUUUGUAAUAAGUCAUUCAGUGACGGGAGUGUUUUGAAGAUGCAUCAACGCAUACACAGUGGAGAUCGGCCAUUUUCGUGUGACAUGUGUAAGAAGUCAUUCAAUAAAAAUUUUGAUCUGAAAACACAUCAACGCACACACAGUGGAGAGCGUCCAUAUUUCUGUGAUAUCUGUAACAAAUCGUUUAGGACUAAUAGUAGUCUCAAUGAACAUCGGCUCAUACAUAAGGGGGAGCGUUUGCAUUCCUGUGAUUUGUGUAGUAGGUCAUUUCUUAAUAAAAGUAAUUUGAAACAACAUCAACGCAGACAUAAUGGGGAGUGACAAUAUUGUAGUGAUGUGAAGUUAAUUAUUGAAGAGAGAUAUUUUGAAGUGUUGUCAAUGCAUAUAUGCAGUGGGAGCAUGGAUAUUGGUGUAGUUUUUGUAAUAAGAUCCUUAUUAAUAUGAGUGAACCUAAGAACUUAUGUCAGUGGGAAGCAUGCAUAUGUAUGUGAUGUAAUAUGUUACUAUGUUAGAUUUAAUCUGAUGUUGCAUUAACAUGCAUGUAGUUGAGAGCUUUUUGGAGUUCUGUAUAAAUCAAGUCGUAACAGUGUUGGGAUACCUCAGUGCAUUCAUAGCAUGCAAUGGUCUCAUUUUACUAUGCAUAAGAAAUGUUUAGUAGUAAUUGGUAAUCUGAAGGCACUAGAACAGGUACAGAGUAUGGAAGGUUGGUUCUUCUGUGAUAUGUCAAUAAAUCAUCAUCAUCAUCAUCAA